AUGGACCGCUUCAUGGAGCAAGCUCUGGAGCAGGCCCGCCUCGCCGAGCAGCUAAAGGAAGUUCCGGUGGGGUGUGUGUUUGUGCGCGGACAGGACGAGAUCAUCGCCAAUGGGUGCAACCGGGUUAACGAGACGAAGAAUGCAACGCGCCACGUGGAGUUUCUGUGCAUCGAUCAGUCGUUGGAGUACGCGCGGCAGCGAGACAUUCCGUGGGAGGACCUGUUCCGCGAGGUGACCGUCGUAGUGACCGUGGAACCGUGUAUUAUGUGUGCCGGAGCGUUGCUGCAGCUGGGAGUGCGGGAGAUCAUUUACGGGUGUGGGAACGAUCGGUUUGGGGGCUGCGGGACGGUGCUGGACGUUCCGGGUUUAUUGUUGGAGAAGGGAAGCCUACCCAUUCGAGGUGGAGUUCGGGCGGAAGAGGCGAUGCAGCUGCUGCGAGAAUUUUACAAGGGCGAGAAUCCGUCGGCGCCGGUGCCGAAGACGAAGGAGCGGAGGUAG